AGUGUCCUGACGAUGAAGUUCUCUCUGUCGAUCUGGGCAUUGGUGAUUUGUAAUGCACUCGUCACUGUCAGAGUCAAGGGCACAACAACGGAUUCAGGAGUUGAAACAGGGGCCACGUGCAAGCCUUGCGAAGAUGAAUACCCGUGGUCACCGUCCGUGCUCGGCAAUUUCAGCAAGUGGGCCGUCUCUACGGACGCUGAGCAAUGUAAAAACGUCAGCAGGCGCAUCUACGCCAAGAAUGGUACUACUGUGGACGCCGCCAUUGCCACGCUUCUUUGCAUGGGUGUCGUCCUGCCGCAUUCCAUGGGCAUCGGAGGAGGCUUCAUAGCCACUGUAUAUUCGAGGACUACGAAGCAAGCGAAGGUUUUGAUCGCUCGAGAAACAGCACCCAUGGAGGCCACAGAGAAUAUGUUCGUCAACAAAUCAAUUUAUGCGAGCAUUUGGG